AAAGCUUCCAUCCAAAAUAAAUUUCAGGAUCUCUCUCUCUAAAACCCAAACCCUCUCUCUUUCACACAGAAAUUCCAUUUUUCUUUUUUUCUGAGAAGAUCCGGUGAGAUUCUGUUUUUCAUGGAAGAGCCGGACGAGAGAGAUGCUUCUGGCAGUGUUUCGAAGUCAACUGUCACUGCUGGGAAGCAUGUAAUGGAUGAUUCCGGUGUUAGUGUUAGGAAGGAGCGGGUUCAGAGUGAGUUGACCGAGGAGGCGGGGACAGCGGAGGGGGGUGAUGGGGCUUGUAAUGGUGGUGGUGAGGAUAUUAUGGUGGAAGUUUUGGGUGCGGAUGUUUAUUUUGAUGGUGUAUGUACUGAUAGGACAGCUGCGAAUUCGGAUGGCGGUUCAACUGGGGAGGAGCCCAGUGUGGAGAGGGAUGAUGUCGGUGUCCUUGACGAGCCUGAUGUGGGGGUUUCUGGUGGCAUGGAAAGUGAGGGAGUAUCAGGGGUUGGGGAAUCAAUUAAAGAAACGUCUCAAGAAGUUGUGGAGGGUGAUGAAAGAGCCGUUGAUGCAAUGGUCCUUGAUAAUGAUGCUCGGGCGGAUGAUUCUUCAACAGUUUCUGGUCAUGUGGAGAGAGAGACUGAAGCUGCUCAUGUGGACGAGGAAAACACUGGAAGCAAGGAGGCUACGGACUUAGAUACUCGGGUGGUACGUAGUCAAGGUAGUUUAGUCCGUAAUAGUCCAGAUGAUAAAGUUUUGAACAACGAGGAGCCUAAGAAAGUGGAUGUUCAUCCUCCCACAGAAAAUGGGGUUGAAGAAGACCCAGUGCAUGCAGAUGGGGUAAGCCAACUUGUAAAAGAGGAAGCUUCAAUAAGUGAUGGGGAAGAAAGUCUGGCAAAAGAAACAGGCCAAAAAAGUGUGGUGGAAGGUGAGCUAAUUGUUGAUACACCAGUUGAUCUGCAGGGUACAGGACUUGUAGCUUCAGAUGGUAGUGAAAAUUCAAAUUCACAGGGCCAAGAUGCUACUGAAAAAGCUCCAGACAUGUUUACCAAAAAAGAAUUGAAUCCUGAAGUUAUUUCUCAGAGCGAUGGUUCAGAGAAAGUCCUUUCUAAUUUGGAGAGGGAUGGGAAGUCGGUUAAAGUCCCCGAGGUAGCAGCACAGACGCUUGAUAGUGAGAAUUUGAAUCCAGGUAUAGCUGUUCCUGAAAAUGUGGCGAAUUCAGACCAAUCUACAGCUGUUACUGAACAUAUGGCGAGUACAGAUUCAAUAUCAUCAAGUCAACCAAACCAGGAUGCUGAGGUAGUUGUUGCAGCAGAAAAUGAUGGUAAAUUUUUGGCUCCGAGUAUUGAAGUUUCUGCUGAAAAUGAUCCAAAUUUGAACAUGCAGAUAGAAUGCAGGAAUAUGGAGUCGGAUCCGCAAUCCAAUGGACAAGGAGGGGGCAUUGGCGUAGAAGUUGAGGAAAAUGCUGUUAUUGAUACUAAUUUGGCUGAUUUUGAGAAUGUGGAAGGAAUGGAAGUUGAUCAGUGUUUCAAUGUUAACCAGGUGGGUUUACAUGGCGAGGAAGAAAUGGAAGAUGUGACAGGUAUUGAUAAUGACGAUGAUGAAGUUGAUGAAUGUGCAGCAGAGAAUCCUUUUAGUUCUGUACAAUUGCAUCAAGCUCGUUAUCACCUGCCAUCAGAGAAUGAAGGUGAUUUUUCUGUUUCUGAUUUAGUGUGGGGUAAAGUGAGGAGCCAUCCUUGGUGGCCAGGUCAGAUAUUUGAUCCAUCUGAUUCUUCUGAUAAGGCAAUGAAAUAUUAUAAAAAUGACUUCUUUUUGGUUGCUUAUUUUGGGGAUCGAACAUUUGCUUGGAACGAAGUGUCUCAUUUAAAGCCAUUUCGGACAAAUUUCUCCGAAGAAGAGAUGCAAAGCCAUUCAGAGGCUUUCCAAAAUGCUGUUGAUUGUGCUCUAGAAGAAGUCUCUAGACGAUCAGAAUUGGGGCUAGCGUGUGCUUGCACACCCAGAGAAGCAUAUGACAUGAUUAAAUGUCAGGUUAUUGAAAAUGCUGGUAUUCGAGAAGAAUCAUCUAGAAGAUAUGGUGUAGACAAAUCUUCCAGUGCCACAUCGUUUGAACCAGCUAAAUUAAUUGAAUAUAUCAGGGAGUUGGCGAAGUUUCCAUCUGAUGGCAGUGACCGUUUGGAACUAGUGAUAGCUAAGGCACAGCUGACAGCUUUUUAUCGUCUAAAGGGUUAUUAUGGCCUGCCUCAAUUCCAAUUUGGUGGCUUGCGACAGUUCCAGUUUUGUGGGGGGCUGGCAGACAAAGAGUUAGACAGUUUAGGCAGUGAAAUACAAUCAAGUGAUUUUCUUCACCAUGGAGCUCAUUGUCAGGAUGAUACACAGACAUCCCCACGUAAGGAGAAUUUUGAAGGUCGGAGUAGUUCUUGUCAUAAACGCAAACAUAAUUUGAAGGAUGGUCUGUAUCCUAAGAAAAAAGAAAAGAGUUUGUAUGAACUAAUGGGUGAAAAUUUUGACGAUAUAGAUGGAGAAAAUUGGUCUGAUGCAAGGAUAACUUCCACAUUGGCGUCGCCUUCUUCAAAAAGACGGAAGACUGUAGAACAUCCUAUUGAUGAUUCUGGUGCUCCAGAUGGAAGGAAAACUAUAUCCUUGGCAAAGGUUUCUGCAACCGCACCUCUUAAACAGUCCUUCAAAAUUGGUGAUUGUAUUCGUAGGGUUGCAAGUCAGUUGACUGGUACGCCUCCAAUUGUCAAGUCUAAUAGUGAGAGGUUCCAAAAGGCAGAUGGAAGUUUUGAUGGGAAUGCAAUCUAUGAAUCUGAUGUUUUCCUCCAGAACUUUGAUGAUGCUCAAAGAGGAAGGGUAAAUUUUCCUGCAGAGUACUCCUCGGUGGAUGAAUUGCUAGGUCAACUUCAACUAGUAGCAAGCGAUCCAAUGAAGGAAUACAGCUUCUUGAACGUAAUUUUCAGUUUUUUCACCGAUUUUCGAGAUUCUUUAAUUUUGAAGCAGCAGCCUGGGAUUGAGGAGGCCAUGUGCAGAAUCAGUGGUAAGAGGAAAGCACAAUUUACUAAUACUGUUGCUUCACCACAUACUUUUGAAUUUGAGGAUAUGAGCGACACUUACUGGACGGACAGAGUAAUCCAAAAUGGGACUGAAAUUCAGCCACCUCGUAAAAACAGAAAACGAGAUUACCAACUGGCAGUUGCAGAGCCAGAAAAGGUUCCUCAAGGGAAUCGCAGGCCUUACAAGAAGCGACAUUCUGCUGGAAAUCAUGCUAUGACAGCUGAAAAGUAUACUAGCUUUGUAGAUCAGCCAUCGCCUGCAGAACUAGUAAUGAACUUUUCUGAGGUGGAUUCUGUGCCAUCAGAAAAAACCCUGAAUAAUAUGUUUAGGCGGUUUGGACCCUUGAGAGAAUCUGAGACAGAAGUGGAUAGAGAGGGUGGUCGUGCAAGGGUAGUUUUCAAAAAAUCUUCUGAUGGGGAAAUUGCUUAUAGCAGUGCUGGAAGGUUCAGCAUCUUUGGACCAAGACUUGUAAAUUAUCAGCUUAGUUAUACUCCUUCUACCCUGUUUAAAGCUUCUCCAAUUCCCAGACUUCAGGAUCAGGAAAUGCAUCUUGAUCUUAGCACGACUCAAUUCCAGGAAAUGCAACUUGAUUUAUCCUCUUUCCACGACCAUGAAAUGCAGCUUGAUUUAUCUUCGAUUCAUGACCAGGACAUGCAACUUGAUCUUUCCACGAUUGAAUACCAGGAAAUGGAAUCUGUUCUUGGUUCACACCAUGACCAGGACAGUAAAUCUAAUUACACUGCUCAUCUUGGGGAGAUGCAGGCUGGUUUUUCAACAAUCCAAUAUGAGCGGCAGUCUCAUCUUUCCUCGAUGCAUGAUCAGGAACCGCAAACUGUUUUUGAUUCAAACCAGGAGACACAAUCGGGUCUUGUUACUUCUCAAGACCAGGAAUUGCAUCAUAAUUUCACCUCAACCCAGCUUGGGGAUAUGCAAGCGGAUCAUACUUCAACUUCUCGUCAUGAUGAGCUACCAGUUUCUGCCUCAUCCCACGAGCAGUAUAUGCCACCAGUUUUUGCCACAAUCAAGGAGGAGAAGACACAACCAGCUAUUACUACAUUCCAAGAUGAUUCACAGUCAAUUCUUGGAACAAUCCAGGAGCAGGAGACACGCGCUAUUAUUGACACUGCCCAACUGGGUAGGAUGCAAGCCGAUCUUAAUCCAACUCAUCACGAGAAGCCAACUGUUCCUGCCACAAGCCUGGAGCAGGAAACUCAGCCAGUUUUUUCCAUGGUCCAGGAGGGGACUCCGCCAGUUCUUUCCACAAGCCAGGAGCAAGAGAAGUUAGCUAUUAUUGGUGGCACUACACAUCACGAGGAGGGGCGACCUGUUCCUUCCACCCCCCAGGACCAAGAAACACAACAUGCUGGGCAUGAGGAAGAUGUUCUUGGAACAAAAAUGCAGGAAACUCAAUCUGUUACCUCUGCAGCUCAUGAACAAGAAGACACACAGCCUGUUGUUUUAAUGGGGGAGGAGGUUCAAGGAGAAACUCAGCUGGCUCCUGUCUUUACAGAGGGGCAGAAAGCACAAGUUCUUGACACUUCGGUGGGACAUAAGUCCGAGCAUGAUCCUGGUGCAAAUGAGAGGGCCACUCAAUCUGUUACUGUAGCUGAUGGACAAGACGAUACACAACCACUUGUUUUGACUGGUGAGGAGGUUCAGGAAGAAACCCAGCCUACUCUUGCCUCAGCCCAGGAACUGGAGACUGAGCCAGAUUGUACCUUGGUCCUGGAGUUGGAACAUGAUAAGGAUGCUAUGCAAGGGCAGGAGCUGCAACCUGAUCACGUGCCAACUGAGGAGGAGCAUGAGGCUGUGUCAGAGUCUCCUACAUCCCAAGUGCAGGAUGUGCAGUCUAACCUUGCUCCAGAACUUGACCAGAAUCUGCUUCGUGAUAAUGCUACGAAUGAGGUAACUGAGGUGCAAUGUAAUGAUGACACGAAUCAAGAGCAGGAGGUACAAUAUGGUAAUAACACAAAUCAGGAGCAGGAGGUGCAGUAUGACAUUCCUACAAAUCAGGAGCGGGAGAAGCAAUAUGGUAAUACCACUGAUCAGGAGCAGGAGAAGCAGUGGGACACUCCAACAGAUCUGGAGCAGGAGAAGCCAUGCAACAAUGCAGCAGAUAAGGAGCAAGAGAUGCAAUGUGACAAUGCCACAAGUCCAGAGCAGGAGAUACAAUGUGACAAUGCCACAAACCAGGAGCAGGAGAUGGAAUGUGGUAAUGAUGCAGAUGGGGAGCAUGCAGUGCAAUCUUGUGAGGCUGCAUCCAAUGAGUCUGAUGGACAAUCUGAUCAUGAGCACGAAUUGCAAGCUGAUCGUGAUGCCACUAACCAGGAGCGGGAGACAGAAUCCAAUUUUGCCACACAAGAGCAGGACGUAAAAUCUGAUGUUGCCGUAAAACAUCCUGCCCAGGAUCAGGCAAUGAAAUCUGAUCUUGCCGCAAUUCCAGACUCAGACACACAUACUAUUCCUGCCCCCACGAAGGAUCAGGAGAUGCAACUUGGUCUUUCAUCUUUGGCAAAGAACACAGAUUAAUUUUUCAGAUUAUGAGGAAAUGCAGUAGCCAACCGAAGAACACAGUGCCGCUAAUGAGAGAAUAAGAUGACAGGCGCCAGAAGAGGUAACCGGACCAUCAGUUCCAUUCAGGGUUACUUGAGGUUUGGCCCCUUCGUUUCAUUCCUAAAUAUUGCCAGGUUUUAAUACUGUAACUUAGAUCCUCCCCAGUAGAAUUAGUUUAAUGUAAAUUUAUGUUCGCUGAAGUUUUCCUCCUACUUUCGGUUGAUAUUUUUUGGCGGAGGCCAGCCUUUGAAUCUGAUACAUCGGGCAUUGUACAUGAUAUUUGCAAUCACAGCCAUUGAAGUGUAAGCAUGGAGGAGCUUAUUUGGAACUUCCAAACGGUUUUGAAACUUUAGCUUUCCUUCUUGGAUAGUUGUUGCUCCAAUGUAUAGGAAUCCUCUAGGAGGUUGGAAUCAUGAAGUUCUUAGAAUCGUGGGCCCUCAUUUUGAUUUGAUGACUGAAAUUUGGCAACCUGGGCGUUUUUAUUUUGUUUGAAUUAUGAAAUAAAGCUUUAGAAAGAAAUUAAAAGGGGAGUGUUUCAGGUUAAAGUUUGUACCUUUUCCUUCUGAGUCUCUCUUCCCUGCAAACCCCAUCUGCCAUGUGCUCUCAAAGGGGUAGAAAGGGUAGAAAGGGACGUCCUGUAUGAUCGAAUAACGACACUAUUUGUUUGAAGCCAACUCCACAUUAAAACUCUACAAAAAGAUGUCCACACAAAAUGCGCAUUUGGAAGAUUUGAAUUCCAUAAAGAAGUGGUCCAAACAAACUCUGGGAAACACUGUUGUAGUCCCGAAGAGAAUCCCUUUGAGUAUGAUCAAUUAGUAUUUCCCCUUUUAUCUUUUCAUUCCGUACCCUCUGUAUGGGACUAUGUCCAUAGGCUUAUUGUUCUUAAAACCUUUUCGCUGUUCUCAAGCCCAUUUUUGUGAAUUGAUGAUGGGACAUAAAAUUUAUAGAUAUUUGUUUUGGAUUAA